AUGUUUUCGCCGAAUCGGUCGGGAAAUCGAAUAAGCAUUACUCGAAGUGAUAAAACGAACCGCGCACCAUAUGCAUCGCAGAAACAGCUAGAGCAACAAAAGCAUCAAAAACCGUAUUGGGGUCCUGACAAUCCAACGGCUGAAGAAUCUGUUGGUAUUCGAUUACCUCUCCUCUUGACUAAGUCAACAAAUACCAGUAUCCAGAGUUCUACUAGGACAACAACAAAUCAGUUACCUCCACCACCACCACCACCACCACCACCACCACCACCACCACCACCACCACCACGUUCAGCUACCACAACCAUUAAUCUCUUUCCACUCUCCUACCAGCGAAUAACUCAUCGAGAAGCUCCAUCCGAUCGACGACUUCCUUCUGAGCUUUUGCAAAUUAGGCUUGAAGCUGUUUCAAAACCUUACUGGGCGCAGGCAAGCCUAUCAGUUUUUACAGAACAAAUUAAUAAUAGUCAUGGAAACCAUUUAUUUAGCUCUAUCUUUUACCUUUCAUAUUAA